AUGUCCAGGUCCACAAGCAAGCACCAUUCCUUACUGAAGCUCAACCUAAUGGCUCGGUUUCUCUUCGCCAUAACUAUCUUCAACCAAUCAACCUCAGCUCGUAUUCUCGGCGACCUAUCGCAGCCGCACCAGCCGCCUCCAUAUGGCCGGCAACUCUUGAUCACUUUCUUCAUGCGGAGUAUUCUCUGCGACGCCCAACCAGCUUCAACCCCAAACCUCAAUGACCAACGUCUGUUCCCAAACCCUGCAGGUAUCUUCCCUCCCAGUACUAGCCCUAGAGGAACCGUAUCCGAAUACCCAAUUCCAGAAUCCUACCCAAACCCAGCCACCGAAACCCCCUACAUGUCCGGCUCUUUAUCGUUCCCAACGGUGGCGACUGCGACACUACGAGGGCUGGAUUUGGGAGCUGUGACACCUAUCGAGGAGGAGAUAUUGGAAGGUUUAAAGAUUGGGUUGCCUUAUUUAUACAUGGGAAGAGCUAAAGGAGCUUAUGUGGCGAGCUCGGAGGAUGGAAGCAGUCACAUGAUGGCAAUGACUGCAAAGUUUGCUGACGGAGAAGAAGGUGGUGGUGGUGAAUAUAAGGAUAGCUUGAGUUUCUUUGGUGUCCACCGAACUGAUGCCUAUGAGUCUCAUAUCUCUGUGAUCGGUGGUUCGGGAAAGUAUGAGGGUGCAAAUGGUUUUGCAACGGUCAAGGCUGUGAAGUUGGGUUCUCAGGAUGACAGCUCCACCGCCGCCGCCGCCGCCACCACCACCACCGCAGCCUUACUUCAAUUCACCGUUUAUAUCUCCUACUAG